UGUCACACCCACACCCAAGAAUUGAUGUUCAUCGCUCGUGCUGCGCAUGUGCUUGAAAUUGCUCCUGCGGACCGGCCACGUCAAGAAGAACAAAAAGAAAGAGACAUGCAUGUUGCUGUUGCCGUGCCUCUCUUUCCCCUUAGCGUGGUGCGGUAUGGUGUAGGUGGGGUGGGGUGGGGUGGGUUGGUGAGGAUCGAUUCAAGUGGAUCGAUGAGCGAAUCGCUGAGUGAGGGAACCAGCUGGCAUGAAUCGAUCAAUCGAUGAAUCGAUAAGGUCACAUCGCCGUUGUGUUCGUUGGCACCCCGUACAUGCCGUGCAGUGUGUACCCCCAUCACUCACACUUAAAACCCCUCCAUAGGCCAGCAUACACCCAACACACACGUGAGCAUCGCAACACAGCGCAUCCAACACGAGGAACAAACUUGCCGGCAUCUCUCACGAGCGAACUGCGUGGCGGUGAACAAGGAGAGUCUCAGCAACCGUAUAUCUCGAGAUAUACAGCGCUGCGACCCAACCCAUCCACCGACACGCCGUCCACACGACAGAAGAUGCCCAGCAUGCAAUCGCAUCGCCGCAAAAUUCAUGGAGCCGUCAAAACCUCUCUGUCCUUUCCACACCACACCCACGCUCAAUCCCCCUCAUCUCGUUCAUCGUUCGCGGGACAUCUGCUCCUGCACGAACCCAAAUGCGUCCAUGUUGCCCCGCCCUGGGUCAGCUCCGCUCAGCUUAAAAAGAGCUCCCUCAAGCGUCCCGGACGACGCCUUACUCAGCGACCGCGCCACCCCACCAGCACCCCUCUCGCCCCCCGAUGCACCACCACCACCAUGCUGCACAAACGCAAAGGCCCCGCUGUCGCUGGCCGGCUGCUGCCUCUCGGGUGCGCCAGGCGCCCGGCCGCCGGGGAAGAGGGCGGCGUACCCCAUGCCCCAGCCAGAGGGGUACGCCGACACACUGGGGCGGCCGGAGAGGAUGUCCAGGUGGCUGUCCCUCCUCUGCCUGUCCAUCCCCUGUUGCUGCUGCUGCUGCUGUGCGAAUGGCAGGCUCUGCUGUGGGCUGUGUGGGAGGGAGGGGGCGGACGCAGAAGCGGCCGGCGCGGGUGGUGGUGGGUGAGAGGGAGACGACGGGCCGAGCGACAUGCCCUCGAACAGGUUGGGCAGCGCGGCAUCGCUGGUAGCCCGCAGCACCGGCGACGCCUCAGACUUCACCAUCAGACUCCCAAACAGCCCCAUGCUGCUCUUCGCUCCUCCCUCAGGGCUCGUGCCGUUGCCCAGCAGGUCGGCAGAGGCGCCCUCCGCCGCCAGCGACCCGUUGCCGAUCAGUGGGGCGUCUCGUGGAGGCGAGUUGGCGAAGGGGAAGGAUGAGGGGUGCGAGAGGGCGCCGGGGGUGGGGGAGAGCAGUGACGUCGAUGAUGGGUGGCCGCCUGGCGACGCAGACGAAGGCCCGACGGCUAUGGGCAUCGGCGAGCCGAAGGGAUCUAACCCCGCCAUGCUACCGUUGCCCACAUCGGUGGAUAUCAGGGUGGCCGACACAGCUGACGGCGGCCCAAGCGCGCCACCAGAAGGCGAUAUCAACAGGUCGUCACUCCCCAGCAGGUCGGUGGCAGCACUGGUGGGUGCGGCGUUGCGCUGGGUGGGCGUCUGGCUGCUGUCCAUGUCGAUCAAAUCGGCGACAGGGCUCGUGUGCGCCGCUCUGUGUGGGCGGGUGUGGGGGUGCCUCGCCGGUGCAGGGCUGACGGGGUUCUCGUCGACGAGGCCGAGCAGGAAGAGGACCUUGGUGGCCUUCUGCCGGCACUGGGGGAGCUCUUGCGCCGAGAAGAGCAGCUCUGCCGCAUUGUCCUGGAAGUAGCUCGUGUAGACACUGUCCUGCUGGGGCUCCUCGGCCUCCUCGCCCUCGGCCGCGUGUGUGUGGGUGACGAGAGCCUCCAUGAUGUAGAGCACCUGAUUGAUGUGCGCACACACGCAGACAGACAGACAGACAGACAGACAUAUGCACAUGGGCAAGUGGACACACACGCACGCCGCCGCGUGAGUGAGGUUCCCACCUUGAGCUUGCUCUGCCACGGCGUGGCCGCGUCCUGGGCCUUGUUGACCAGCAGCGUGCCCACCACAGCCGGAUCCAGUGACUCGCACUUGCGGCAGAAGUCCUCGAGUGCAUGGGCGGGCGGCGCUAUCUUGGCUCCUCCAGGCGCACACAGAUCCUCCACCAGCCUCGCCUCGUACUCGCCGGGCUGAGCUGACGUCUGCGGCCUCGACAGACCCAUGGCCGAUGUGGGUGGAGGCGGCGGGGGCGGCAUGCCGCCACUGGUGGACAGAGGGGCGGGGGGGGACUGGUAGCUCGAUCCUCCCUGCCGCUGGUACCCUCCCACCCCCCCUGCAGCGCUGUAGCCUCCCAUCGAUGAGGGGCCUGAAUAGCGGCUUGUACCCGGUAGGCCGCCGGGUAGCCGGGACGCGACAGCAGACGAUGCGGGCAGCACUUUGGACACCACCGAGCUGAUGUUGGACAGAAUCUUGUCGGUCCGCGAUGGCUGAGGCGCGUGGUCAAACGCCGGGUUGCCGAAGCCCGUCAUGCCGCCCACCUUGGGCAUCCCCACGCCCGAUGAGUCGCCGCCUCCUGCAGAGAAUGACGAUGGCCCCCUGUAUGAACUCUCGCCGCCGUAUCUGGCCUCGGCGUGAGCGUAGCGGAGGGCCGGAGGGGGGUUGUACGCACCAGGGCCGUUGCUGUAUGUUGGCGUGUCGCCUAGAUCACUCCCAAACCCCUGGAUGCGCCCGCUGGCGUCCAGCCCGGUCGUCUGACCCGCAUUCUCGGCGCUGAAGAGCGCCUUGACGGUCUGCUCGGCCUCCUCCCUGACGUCCUUCGACGGCGCGUCGCCCUUGAGAGGGUCGGGUGCGCCCCUGUAUGUGAGACACGCCUUGAUGACCUCGGCCUUUCGCUGCACGGCUCGCCUGAAGUCGGGCUUGCCCUUCUCGGCGACAUGCUUGAUGAUGCGGAGGACCUUCAGUUUGACGUAGGGGUUGUCGCGCUGGAGCUUCUUGAGGAGGUACUCGUGCAGCUGCUCGGACGCCUCGGGAUGCAGAAAGGUCAUCUGGGCGAUCUCGUUGAACAUGUAACCAGGCGUCGGCACGUCGUCCUGACUCGUGGCACGGUUCAGCAGCGCCCGGUCCAUGAUGCUGCCGCUCUGAUAUAUGGUCCCUGACUGCUCCAGAGGAUCGUGACCAGGAGAAAUCUAAGACAACGGCGAUAAGCGGCUGCCUGCGUCUUCGUCUCUUGGAAUGCCCUUCUCUUGACCACUUUCC